UGGCUCGCAGCUGCAGGUCCGCGGCUCGCGCCCUGGCGGCUCCUGAGCUUCGCGCAUAAAUGUGGUAGGAAUUCUACAAAAUGAGAGACGUUGAAUGAGGAAAGAAGAGAUUACUCAAAAGAAACUCUGAAGUAGAGGACCCAGUGGUGGUGAGCUUUUUGCUAAGCUGUUUCACCCCAGAACGGCUAUGGAAUCCAGAGCAGUUUCAACCCCGGUACCUCAGAAUUCUCAGGAACAAGAGCUAAUACUAGUGAAAGUAGAAGAAAGCCUUUCUUGGGGUCAGAAACUUAAGCAGAAUAGGAGUAACCGAUCCUGCCAGGAAUUGUUUCGCCAGCAGUUCAGAAAGUUUUGCUACCAGGAGACACCUGGGCCCCGGGAGGCUCUGGGCCGACUCCAGGAGCUUUGCUGUCAGUGGCUGAGGCCAGAGUUGCACACGAAGGAGCAGAUCCUGGAGCUGCUGGUGCUGGAGCAGUUCCUGAGCAUCCUGCCUGAGGAGCUGCAGAUCUGGGUUCAGCAACACAGUCCAAAAAGUGGCGAGGAAGCUGUGACUCUGUUGGAGGAUUUGGAGAGGGAAUUUGAUGAUCCAGGGCAGCAGGUCCCAGCUAGUCCACAGGGACCAGCAGUGCCAUGGACGGAUUUGACACGUCUUGGAGCAUCCCAGGAGUUAACAAACAUCGAACUCCAGCCUUUAAAGAGACAGCUGAAACCCUGGGAACCUUGCCUUUCCCCCAGAAGCGAUUGUGAGAACAAUGGAUCAUCAACAAAGAAGGACAUUUCAGCAGAGAAAUCGCAAAGACUUCCCCAGGAGCCUUCAUUUGGAGGAAUUAGUGAACAUGAAAGCAGUUCAGAGUGGCAGCAUGGAAGUGCUACAGGGGAGAAAUUAAGAAGAUCCCCUUCCCAAGGGGGCAGUUUUAGUCAAGUAAUCUUCACACACAAAUCUCUAGGAAACAAAGACCAUCCUGAGCCCCAGAGAAGCUUGAUUCUAAAUACAAACUCUAUAACGUAUCAGAAAGUUCCUACAGAAGAGAGACCUUACAGGUGUGACGUAUGCGGGCACAGCUUCAAACAGCAUUCUGCUCUAACACAACAUCAGAGAAUCCAUACUGGAGAAAAGCCAUACGGAUGUAGCCAGUGUGGGAAGGCCUUUAGUUUGAGGUCCUAUCUUAUUAUUCAUCAGAGAAUUCAUAGUGGUGAGAAAGCAUAUGAAUGUAGUGAAUGUGGGAAGGCCUUCAACCAGAGCUCAGCCCUCAUUAGACAUCGGAAAAUCCAUACUGGUGAGAAAGCUUGUAAAUGUAAUGAAUGUGGCAAAGCAUUCAGUCAAAGUUCGUAUCUCAUUAUCCAUCAAAGAAUUCACACUGGUGAGAAACCCUACGAGUGUAAUGAGUGUGGGAAAACCUUUAGCCAAAGCUCAAAGCUUAUUAGACACCAGCGAAUUCAUACAGGAGAAAGACCUUAUGAAUGUAAUGAGUGUGGAAAAGCUUUCAGGCAGAGCUCAGAGCUGAUAACCCAUCAGAGAAUACAUAGUGGAGAGAAACCCUAUGAAUGUAGUGAGUGUGGAAAAGCCUUCAGUCUGAGCUCAAACCUCAUCAGACACCAGAGAAUUCACAGUGGAGAGGAACCUUAUCAGUGUAAUGAAUGCGGCAAAACCUUCAAAAGGAGCUCAGCCCUUGUUCAGCAUCAGAGAAUCCACUCCGGGGAUGAGGCUUACAUAUGUGGUGAAUGUGGGAAGGCUUUCAGGCACAGAUCAGUCCUCAUGCGCCAUCAGAGAGUCCACACUGUAAAGUGACUUAUGAAUACAAUGAAUACUGUAAAUACUUCAGUCAAGCUUCUAUCUUUGUUAGUCAAAAGGGUUUAAUUUACUUUGGAGUAAGACUCCAUGGAGGUGGUUGUACUGUACUAGGUCUCAAAUCAACCUGACUUCCACCUUUCUCUUACCAGUAAGAAUACUCAGGAACUGCGAAAGAUGGAACUAUAACAUUGAAACAUCAUUUUCCAUGAGAAUGUCACAAAGAGGGCACAACAACUCUGUCACUGCAUCUCAUUGUCAGUGGGCCAGAUUUGGAGGAUGGUGUGGAGAGUAUGAGGGACAUUUUGUCUCAAGAAUGCAAAAAUUUUACUGACCAGUUAAGAACAGUGGCAGGGCAGCAAGAUAUGGGGAAACAGUUUCAUCGAUGACUUAUUGAGCCCAGGGCAGACCAGAAGUGAAAAGAAAAUACAAAUUAAGUUAUCCAGCAGUUAUUUUUUGAGUGGCUGCUUUGUGCCAUGCGCUAGGGAUACAGUGGAAAAUAAGACCAUAUCUUCAGUUUCACGGACAACACAAACAGGCAGUGACACUGUGGUACAAUCAGUGCUGUGUGAUGUUAAGGAGUACCUGACUCAACCUUGGAUCCGGGAAGGCUUCUGAGAAAAAUUAUCUGAAGGAUGAGUGGCCAGGAAGGUAGGCCGGCCAGGAAGAAAGUCUGGCACAUCUGAGGAAAGGAAAAGGCCGCUUUGCCUGGAGUAUUCCUUUUGAGUUCCUUUUGAAGUGGAUUCCUGUCUGUAGGAAAAUCAUGCAUGUGGCCAGAAUCUCUAUUUACUACAGUGCCUAUAGUGAAACAUGAGCUAGUGGAGAAAUUUGUUAAUAGACAAAACCUGGAGUCCUUGGAGCAUGGGAUGGUGAGGAGCUUUGUCUUGGUUUGUAUGACCCCAGGGUAAGGGUUAAAAUGUAGUUUCCUUGUCCAACCUGGAGGCUAGGCCUUCCAUGUGGGUGAGGGCAGGGGGCCAGAAAGAGCCCAGUCUAGAAGUUAAGAGUCUUAGAGUUCCAAAUCUCUCCCUCGCAGACAUAAGGGCUCCUUUGGUUUUUAAAGACGUGACCAGCGCUUCUUUCGGCUUCCUCCUAACUCCCCAGGCUCCCGGUCGGAAGCCGCUACGGCUGCCGUAUCAUUUGUCUCUGGGUCUGUAGUCCCACAGUUCCUAGUGCGCACCCCUAGGCUCAGGCGCUAAAGACUUCCUCCAUUGCUGGGUCUGUUACUCUCCAGGCGCCUCACAUGUGUUCAGUUUUGUCAUAUCAGCAGUAUUUCACAGUCGUCUUGUGAAUUUUGUUAAAGACCACGCGAAAGGGAAAUAACAGAAACAGUCACGGUCCAUCCAGAGAGACUGCCCUCUUCUGAGGGACCCAGCAGGAAAAGGAUCCCUAGACGGGUGCUUCUCAGUGCAAUGCAGAAAGGUGUGUAGGUUAGUCAGCAACAGAAAGACAUGUUAUUUAAAAUACCUAAUAGGUCAGAGUUAUAACACACCUUACCAAAAAUUCAAACCUUUGGGAAUCUCGAGUCCUGUACAUAGGUAGAGUUUUCAUGAGGAUAAAUAGAGAAGUAAUGCUUCUAUUGUGGCAUGAGCAUGUACUAACCAGUAAGAAUGGCAGGAGGACUAGAUGUCCAUGCUUGGAGAGAGAAUGUGAGAAAAGAAAGGGCUAGGUUAAAUAACAAAAUAGCAUGGUAAAGUUAUUCAACUCAUAUGCCUCUUCUACAGAGGAAGAUCCAAUCAAACUAAAAAGGGCAGAACAAAUGUUAGGAAUUGAUACAACAUAUAUUACAAAAGGCAAAUAUUCUUUAUAUAGAGGGUUCUUACACGUAUUGGUAAGAAACAUAAUAGGUACUUGCAAAGGGCUUUGUGUAUAUGUAUUACUUCUCAGCCCAUAUUUUGCAGAUGAAGAAAUGAAGGCUUGAGGUCAUGGCUUACUCAAGGUCAUGUAGCUACAAAGUGGUGAGGUCAGACUUUAAACCCAGGCAGUAGGAAUCCAGAACGCGUCUGGGGAGCCACUUCUCUGUACAAUCUCCCCAUGAAAAAGUCCCAAUAGAAAAAAGUAGUACAUAAAUAGGCAAAUCACAAAAGAAUAAAUGCCAAUGGACAGUAAAUAUUAGCCUUGCUAGAAUUAAAAAUGUAUAUUAAAGCAAGAGUUGAGAUGGCACUUUUUCUCCCUCAUGAAACUAACAAAGAUUCAGGGAAAUUGGGACUCUAAUGCUGCUGGUGAGAUGUGAAUAGAUGCUGUCUGUGGCAGUCAAUACCAGAAGCCUUAAACAUUGCCUUUUGACUUUAAAAUUCUACCUGGAAAUGUAUGCUUCAGAAACCAUCAUGAAUGUAUACAAAGUCUUAAAAGUUGUUAAAGGUGAUGUUGAUUAAUACUAAAUAAGAAAGCGUUCAUAUCUUAAGUAAAAAUAUAGGACGAUAUGUACAAUAUGAUUUGUGUAAAAAUAUAUUUAUGCAUUAAAAAUAUUGGAAAUAUAUAUAAUCUC